AUGGCCUCGAUACAGGAGAGAAAGAACGGAAAUCUCCCCGAGUAUUUUCCAGGGAAGAAAGAUAUGCUCAACAACAUCGUAACGUUCAUGGCUAAGAAACAUCCGCAAGCCCUCUUUGCAGAAUUCCCUGUCUCGCCAACUUCUUACGAUCAGGGGUAUCGCAAAAUUACCUACGAGAAGCUCGCAAAUGCUGUCAAUGCAGCAGCUUGGUGGAUUCAUGAGGCACUUGGGGGCCCAGGAAAAGACUUCGAGACACUUGCUUACAUUGGUAUCAAUGAUCCACGUUACAAUAUUCUUGUCUUGGCGGCUGUGCAAGCUGGAUACAAGCUGUUCCUUUCCUCUCCACGUAACAGUAUUGCAGCUCAUGCCCAUUUGUUCAGGUCCUUGGAUUGCAAAGUGCUAAUAACCCCCGAUCCAACAUCGCCGUUGCUUGGGGGUGUACUUUCUUCCCAUACACUGAAGGUAUUAAAAGUUCCCAGUAUACAUGAUUUGUUAGAUGGAAAGGCCGACCCAUAUCCAUUCACGAAAACCUUUGAAGAGGCGAAGCAUGAACCGUUUCUUGUGCUUCACACAUCGGGAUCAACGGGAAUGCCAAAACCAAUUCUGUGGACGCAUGAAUGGAUUGCUGCAUACUACAACAUGUCCCAGCUAGACCCUCCAUCUGGAUUUGAGAGUCAAGAUCGGCUUUUUCAAAACAAUAGAGUGUUUUUUCUAUUCCCUCCAUUUCAUGCUGCUGCACUCUUCACAUCAUUGAUCGGCGGGAUUGCGAACCAGACAGCUUGGAUCUAUCCAUUAGCUGCUGCUGUCCCUUCGGCGAAGGUUGUUGUGGAUGGGCUAAAGCAUACGAAAGCGGAUGCCCUGGCAAUUCCUCCACCCGUUGUGGUGGAUCUUGUAAGACAACCUGAUUUAGCUGAGUAUGUCAGCAAGAAUAUUGAUACACUGAUAUAUGGCGGAGGUGACUUACCUGAAGCUAUCGGAUCUGUUCUGACAAACAAAAUGAAUCUUCUGAGUGUCUACGGAGCUUCCGAAAUUGGAUUGCCCACUGCCAUUCGACGAAGUGGUACUUUUCCGUCUGAAGACUGGCAAUAUGUACAUUUUCACCCAGAAAUAGGGGUAGAGUUCAGACAUGUGAACGAGAAUCUUUUUGAGCUGUGCAUUGUGCGACACUCGGAUCUUGAAGAGCACCAACCAGUCUUCAAACUUUUCCCCGAGCUUCAAGUGUAUAAAACUCGCGAUCUAUACACUCCGCACCCAUCCAAACCAGACCUUUGGAUAUACAAGGGAAGAGCUGAUGAUAUUAUUGUUUUCUUGACGGGAGAAAAAACAAAUCCAACAACAUUUGAGCACCACAUCUCUUCUCAUCCCGAAGUCAAAGCAGCUUUGGUCAUUGGUACUCGAAGGUUCCAGGCAGGGCUCUUGAUUGAACUGCUCCAAGAGAAAGAACUUGCACAGGCAGAAAGAGCCACGUUGAUCGAAAAGAUAUGGCCGGCUAUUCAUGAAGCAAACCAAGUAUGCCCUGCACAUGCUAAGGUAGCUAAGACACAUAUACUCUUUGUCGACCCCAAAAAACCAAUGGCACGAGCAGGGAAAGGAACGGUGCAAAGACAAGCGACGAUUAGCAUGUAUGAGCAAGAAAUUGAUGCACUCUACGCCGACGCGAAGAAAAUGGAACCUAUUAUCAAUGGAGACAUUGAAAGGCUGUCCGGACCACUCACAUACGAGAGUUUAAACGCCCUUGUGACGAAGCUAGUGAGAAAGCACACAGGGUGGGAUAAGUUUGAUGAGAAUGCAAACCUCUAUCUCUUGGGUUUGGACUCUCUUCAGACUUUAUUUCUAGUCCGAGACAUCAAACUGGCAAUUAAUGUGCCUGAGCUUGCUCCAAGUACAGUUUACACCAACCCAUCAAUUACAGGGCUGUCCAAAGCCAUCCUUGAUAUAUCAGCACAAAUUCAAUUGUCGUCAAGAGAAUCAGACGAACAUCGGAAAUGUUCCAUCGAGGAGCAUUUAGCCAAGCAUGUUAAGUCAAUCGACGAACUUGCUAUCACUUCGUCCGAACUCAAGGGCAAUGUAGCCACCAGGGAGCCGAAGAAGUCUUAUUCAAGUCGUGUAGUGAUUUUGACAGGAUCCACCGGGAGUCUGGGUUCUUAUAUUCUUGACGCUCUCCUCAAAGACAAUUCCGUGUCGCACAUAUACUGCUUGAACAGAUCUUCCGAUUCUAAGUCGGUGCAAAUUCAGCAAAGCAAGUCCCGUGGACUUCAAAGUGAGUUUGAUGAUGCUCGAGUCACAUUUCUAUCCGCCAAAGCCAGCGAAGAACAUUUUGGUCUUGAAGACGCGGAGUACGGGAAGCUUGUCGCAACAUCCACGGAUAUCAUAUUGAAUGGCUGGCCAGUAAACUUCAACAUCCCACUCUCUGUCUUCAACGAUCAAUUCUCAGGUAUCGUAAACUUCCUUCGAUUUGCCAUACAAUCCAAAAAUCACACUUCUAUCUUGUUCGUAUCUUCCAUCAGCUCAGUUCUUGGCUGUGAAAGCGUUUGUACCAUUCCCGAGGAUAUCAUCCUGACAUCAGAUCAAUUGCCUCCGCUGCCAACAGGAUAUGGGGAAAGCAAGUACAUUGCCGAAAGAAUUUUCGACUAUGCCGCCAAAAAGCUGCUUGUGGACGCUCGCAUUGCUCGAGUGGGACAAAUUGCAGGUCCAAUACACACCACCGGAAUUUGGAAUUCACGAGAAUGGUUUCCAAGCAUGAUUAUCAGCUCUCUGCAUAUCGGAGCUCUACCUAACACUCUCGGCGCAAAAUUCGAUCAUAUCGACUGGGUUCCGAUUGAUGUUCUUGCUGAAGUCUUGAUUGAAUUAUUGUUCAAUGACGUUUCCACGGACGAGAAGGCAACUGUUUUCCAUCCGUACAACCCAAGUACAACAUCCUGGUCGGAUCUUCUACCGACGGUUGUAGAAACGUUGAGUGACCUGAAGAGUGAACCAGUGGAAGUUGUUCCAUACCAAGAAUGGCUAAGCAGGAUUCGCAGCGACAUGGAGUCGAAAGAUUUUGAUGUUGAAGGAAUUAAGCGUAACCCCGCUGUCAAACUCCUGGACACUUAUGAGAGUUUGUUCAAGGACGAGAAAAGGCUGGACAUCUCAACUACCAGAGCGCAGGGAGGAAGUCAGAAGUUGAGAGGUUCGCAGGCCAUUGAAUCCAAAUGGAUGGAAGAUUGGUGUCGAGGGUGGUUUUCUUAA